AAAGAUCCGCCUACUGAAAUAAUUAUUACGACACUUCCACUUUUUUUUGUUUUUUAUAGCUUGUUCUUUUGUGAUGCUUAUGUUUGAGUUGAAAUAGGGUGAUGGUCUAGGUAAACCUUUUAACAUCUGUAUUGAAUUAUUAUAUAUUAUAUUUUUAUUAGUCAGUACCUUUGGUAUUUUAUCAUCUAGCCUUUGAAGAUCAAGCCGAUUCUUCGGAGUAUAGGUGCUGGAGUGGUGUCUUCGUCAAUUUCACCAGAUGCCAAGAGUUGAAAAUCUUUUUGUGAGGGAUUUCUUAUAUCCUUCUCUACAAAAUGAUCGGUUUCCAGGGUUGCUGCAAUGGACUGAUAAGGCAGCGAUGGAAUAUGAAGUGAAAUGGAAACAUAAAAGCAGUGGAGAGUGGCAGGAUUCGGAGUUCGAACAUUUCGGGGAAUGGGACAAAUUGAAAGGAAAGUACAAUCCAAGAAUUCCAGGAUAUUGGACUUUGUCUAAACAGAGGUUUAGAAACACUCAUCGUAAACUAGAAAUGCUUGGCAAGAUCGUAAGGCUUCAAAGUAGAAGAGGAUACCGAAAGUAUAAGAUAUGCUGUAAUUCUGAAAUCAAAAGGAAAAUAAAGUUAUGUGCGAAGCCUAAGAGUGUUGAAAUGAAAAGAAAGCGACCAGUCAUUUUGAAAGUUGAUAAGAUGGUCAAAUUUCGUCAGGUGGACACCACGGGAAAAGAAACGCCAUGUAACAAUUCUACUGAAAUGUUACUCUCUAUUCCACCCAAGACAAAUUUGGAAGACGCUGAUAACCUUGAACUGGAGAAACUGUGUUGUUGGUCGACUUAUAACAUUAAUCCAAAUUACCAGUUUAUAAUGCAGAUUCCAAGCUGGGACACAACAGAUUCUCUGCCCCACUGUGCUGAUAUCCUAAGCAAUUAAUUCAAAUUUGGAAACCAUUACUGAUGUGACUCUGGUUGAAAACUCGGGACACAAACUGGUGUAACUGAAUUCUUAAAAUCGAGCGGCACAGAAAAGUGGCAAAACUUUGUUAUUCUUUAUCUCUGUAGUUUAGGUUAAUCGUGCAAAUUCAGAAAACAAUUAAGUUUUGUAAUAUGUGGAGUACAGCAGGUGAAGAGUUUAUGUAUUUUAGGUGUUUGAGUAUCGUUUUAUGUUAAAAUGCAAUAUGAAAUGAUUAGAAAGGUUCAUGAAUGAAAGUUUUCACCGAAAUUUUAUAUCAAUAUCUUAAUUUGUACUACACCAAUAUAUAUAUGUAUGAUAUUCUGUCAAAAAUAACGUGUUUAGUUAAUUAUGUUGUGCAAGAAUUGUCUUUGUAAAUGUUUGAUUAAAAUCAAUAUAAAAAAUUACUAAGCAGAUAGACUUUAUAAUAAUAAUUAAUUUUUAGUAUACUUAAGCCAAUAUAUAUAUAUAUAUAUAUACAUGUAUGAUAUUCUGUCAAAAAUAACGUGUUUAGCUAAUUAUGUUGUGCAAAAAUUGUCUUUGUAAAUGUUUGAUUAAAAUCAAUAUAAAAAAUGACUAAGCAGAUAGAGUUUAUAAUAAUAAUUAAUU